AUGGAAGAUCCUCUACUGGCCCAGUUUCAAAAAGAAGUGCAACAAGAUGACAGACUCUCGGACCGUGAUACAGGCUCUGAUUCGGGUGAAGAGGAAGCUCAUGUCGAGGCAGUAGCAGCGUCAUCGUUUCCAACUCGACAAGAAGGACCCCAAACAGGACCCAAAGGUGUACUUGCUGAUCAUGCCUACUUUCAAAAGACACAACGUGAAGCCCAAGCGCAGCAAAUAGCUGAAUACAAUGCACGCAUGCUUGCUAAGGCACCUACCACCACCACCUACUUGCAAGAUGAAGCCGCAAAGGAGUUUGUGAUCCAGCACAAUGAAGAGGAAGAUGAUGAUGAUGCCGCCAUUCGACGUUAUCGAGAGAAACGAUUGGAAGAACUCAAGCGCAGCAAUCAACGCCCUCCUCAUGAUCGCGUAUUUGGCCAAGUGAUUGACAUUACGAUUGACGAGUAUCCAUCCACCAUCGACAAUGAAAAUAAGCUCGUCUCCGUGGCUGUCCAUUUGUAUGAUGAAUCCAUUCCCGCCUGCAGGACAUUGGAUGAUUUUUGGCGUGAACUAGCACGGAAAUAUGCAUUUGCCAAGUUUGUACGUGUGUCAGCCCGUGAACUAGAUUUUGAUCUCGUAGGAUCACCUGCAGUAUUAGGUUACAAGAAUGGCAACUUGGUGGCUAACUUGGUACGGUUCGUGGAUAUGGUGGGCCCAGCAUUUACGGAAGAAGCUGUAGAGAAUGCGUUAUUAGCCAAUGGAGCAAUAACAAGAAACGACAUUUAUCGUGUGGAUGAAGGUCACAACAGCAACAGUGAGAACGAUGAUGAGGACGAUUAG